AUGCGGUUAAUAUCGCUAAUCAUCAGUUUGUUCGUCGCUUUUCUCACAACACCGCUUGUGGCUGCGACUAAGCUCAUCGAGUCCAAUGCCCUGAACCUGUGUCAAGACAGUUCGAACUUUACAGCAACCUUCUUCAGUGUCACCUUCACGCCCAACAAUCGAACAUUAGCCUUUGCCUUUGAUGGAGUCGCUGCGAUCUCCGGUAAGGUUACCGCUGAGCUUGUUCUCACUGCCUAUGGAUAUGAAGCACUCAGGAAAGAGCUGGACCCUUGCGAAAUGAAUCUGGCGGGUCUUUGCCCAAUGAACGCUGGUCCCAUCGAUGUCCCCAGCGCCAAUGUCGUCGUGUCAGAGGAUGUGGCUAAACAGAUCCCUGGCAUCGCAUACACGGUUCCUGAUCUUGAUGCCAAGGUCCGGAUCUAUAUCAACUCAACAGACACUGGCAAGAGUAUCACUUGCAUUGAAGCUAGUCUGUCGAACGGCAAGACGGUUUACCAGAAAGGCGUCGGUUGGUCAACAGCCAUCAUCUCCGGGUUGGGUCUUGCUGCUUCCGCAAUAACCUCUGGUCUCGGUCACUCAAAUACGGCCGCUCAUGUCGCAGCCAAUGCGCUCUCUCUUUUCAGCUUCAUGCAGUCGCAGGCUAUGUUCGGCAUGAUCUCGGUUUCAAUGCCGCCAAUCGUCGAAGCAUGGACGCAGAAUUUCCAAUGGAGUAUGGGUAUCAUCCACGUUGGGUUCCUGGAGACCCUUUGUACUUGGUAUCAACGAUCAACCGGUGGAACGCCUUCAACCCUUCUUUCCGAGUUGUCUACCACUUCCGUCGAAGUCUUGAAACGCCGAAAACGUUCUCUUGAAGCUACAACGAACCUGGUGAAAAGGGGCGUCAACGAAAUCGUGAAAAGAUCUACUGCCGCCAACGACGCGGCUACUUCCUCAACCGUCGUCGUGCGCGGCAUUGACCGUGUCGGUUUCGUAGCAGGCAUUGAACAGACCAAUAUCUUCCUUACAGGUUUGAUCUUCUUUGUCUUCUUCGUCUUCAUAGUGAUGGUCAUUGUCGCUCUCUUCAAAGCCGGGUGUGAGAUCCUCGCCAAGAAUGGAAGGAUGAAGAGUGACAAGUUCUCUGAUUUCCGGAAUGGCUGGAAAGUCGUGGCACGAGGCAUCUUGUUCCGACUGACCCUGAUUGGUUUUCCCCAGAUGUGCGUGCUGUGUCUCUGGGAAUUUACCCAGCAUGACUCCGCCGCUGAGAUGGUACUGGCGGUUAUCAUGUUUCUGUCAGUGCUCGGUGCUCUGGGCUGGGCUGCUUUCAAAGUGAUCCUCCUGGCCAAGCGGUCGGUUGUCAUGCACAAGAACCCAGCCUACAUCCUCUACUCUGAUCCCACAUGCUUGAACAAGUGGGGAUUUUUGUACGUGCAAUACCGUGCGACUGCCUACUACUUCGUGGUGCCGUUCCUGGUGUAUCUUCUUGUCAAGGGCAUGUUCAUUGGUCUUGGUCAGCCCGCUCCUGUUGUACAGACCGUCGCCCUGGUCAUCAUCGAGGCCGCCAUGCUCAUUGCCGUCAGCGUUCUGCGGCCUUGGAUGGACAAAAAGACGAACAUCUACAACAUUACUAUUGCCGCCAUCAACUUUGUCAAUGCUAUCUUUUUGCUGUUUUUCUCGGAGGUAUUCAAUCAACCAGGAAUCGUGACUGGUGUCAUGGGCGUUAUCUUCUUCGUUUAUAACGCGGUUUUCUCGCUGAUUCUAUUGAUUCUGGUGCUUAUCGCAUCCAUCUACGCCAUUGUAUCGAAAAAUCCCGAUACCCGUUACCAGCCCAUGAGAGACGACCGCGGCUCCUUUAUCAAGUCGCAGAGCCAAUUGACUACGGAGUUGGAUGCGCUAGGUGCCACUGCACGUGGUGAUGUCAAGGACACGUCGUACAAGUCGAGUCCCUUCGACGAUGACAAUGGUUCUUUCUCAAGCGGCAACGGAGCCAGCAUUGGACGUCAGAAUCUCCUCGCAUCUCAUGAUACGACGCCGCACCGGCAAGCCCCAGUUUCUCCAGUUGAUCCUUCGGUACCUCUAUUCCCCAGCGAUGGACGAGGGCCGCCUAGUUAUGGACGUUCACCAUCGCCAAUUCCCUACCGCGCUCAGCACAACGCAAGUCCGUGGCAAAGAGGGGCCGGGUAUGACCAUUAG